CUAGGACUCUCUGGUGCAAUCGAGGACCCAUGCUGGGAAGGCCUUGGGGUAGACCCAUAUGUCUUCAUCAAGCAGGAUAUUUUACAUGGGAUACACAAGUUUAUUUGGGACCAUCCUGGUGAGUGGCUCAAAAACUUACUUGGUCCUGGAGAACUUGACCGUCGGUUCAUUGCUCAACCCCCACUUCACUACCGCGUCUUCACUGGAGGGAUAUCAAAGAUCUCACAGGCAUCUGGACAGGAGCAUCGGACAUAUCAACGAUCCAUAUUGCCAGUGAUCGCGGGCCAUGAGAACAUUGACAACAAGGUCAUUCGUUCAACUCAAUCCCUUCUGGACUUCGCCUACAUGGCACAGUAUCCUUUGCUUUCAGAGACUGACCUCGACAAGAUGGGUGACCUACUUUCUAUGUUUCACGACAACAAGGACAUCUUUAUCCACAGAGGAGCAUGCCAAGCAGGACAUUUUCGAAUACCUAAAUUACAUGGAUUGCGACAUUUCAUCGAUGACACCAUUUCGGGAGGAACGCCUGAUAACUUCUCCACAGAGACUCCUGAAUCUCUGCAUGUAGAAAUGUGCAAAGACCCCUACUGUGCAUCAAAUCGUCACGAAUAUGGUGAGCAGAUUAUCAACUACCUA